AUGGAAGAAGAAACAAUCAACAAGAUUGUAAAUGCUCUCAAAAGUCAUUUGAAGGAGACAAUCAGCACAGAGUUGAGCCAAUCUGCUGCAAUCAAGGACCUAAUCCGUGCCGAACUGGACCGUAACCAGCCAGCCAAUCUCGAUGUAUCAGGCACUACAACAGGAGAAGCAUCAACAUCAACUCCUGCUGCAACAACUCCCACAUCGACUACUCCUACAGCCCAACCCAGUAGUAGUAACCUGAGUAGUAGCAUGGAUAUGGAUGGUACCACUCAACAACAUCACGGCCAGCAAGGAGCCCAGCAGCAAGGACACGACUCUCUUGAAGCUGCACUUGUGUUGGCAAACCUCAGAACGGAUGAUAUCUCAUCCCCUCCUCAGCAUGGUCAAUCAGCUCCUGGCGGCAUCAACGGAUCUUGGCCCACUCUAUAUACUGCUGCUCCUCGACCACCACUCCCAACACCCAAUACUACACCUAUUGCCAUGCCACCGCCUCGUCCACGCUACAAUGCAGCAUCAGUGCUCAUUGGAGCUGGUUCGAGCAAAAGAUCACGAACACCGGAUGAAGAUGAUAUAAAUAGGUCCGAGUGGUUGAGGUCUAUGCCUGGCAUGACUGGAGUCGCUGGUACAGAUGAAGAUGUGAAGAGACGACGUACUGGUGAUGGCAACGAUCCUCCUACACCAUCUAAUAGCAGUGAAGGUGACGACUAUCACUAUAAUCCACAUACAAAUCUACCACCGUAUCAGCCACCUACAACUCGUCGUCAAUAUCGGGAGGAGCAAAUGUUUACUCAGGCAUUCACGCAGAACCAGUUUUUGCAGCAAUUUCAUCCAAGCAAUAUGCCGUCUCAACGUCCUAAUGGACACUUUCACAACAAUCACCGAUAUGCAGACGAAGAUCAUGACGAUGAUUAUGAAGAACAGGGGUCUUAUAUUACAGAAGAAGACCACGAAGGGUGUCGCUGUCGUGAACUUGCUCAACAGAUUAUGGCUUGCCAAGAACCCCAUUGCUUGGUUCCAUUCUUCCGCACAGCAGACCCCAUGAUACAAAAGAAGCCGCCAGCAACACCUAGUCGUACGCGUGCUUCUAGUCCUGGAUCGCCAGGUCAAAAGAAGUCUUCACCACGACCACCAAUCUGGAAGUGUGACCAGUGUGCGACCACAACCACCUCACAGCGACGUCCAGGACCAAAGGGUAGAUCUACACUAUGUAAUGCUUGUUGGACUCGUGGCCGUAAAAAAGCAAAGGCACAACAAGCCAAAGAACAGGCAGAAAACCAGACCCAGGUGAAAGGAGGCAACAAAAGGAAAGGAGCUGGUGGCAAGGCUUCUUCCGUAGGUCCUGGUACGGCCGCUGAAGAUGAAGAACAACUUCUACAACCUCGUAUACAGAUUGCCAUAGUCCCAGUCAGUAGUAGUGACAGUAAUCACGACUUGACUGACGGUGAACCAGCACCCAUGAAUACAGACGGCAGCGGUGUAACUGGUCAAGACACUACUCCCGAACCCCGUCGUCAACAAACACCAACUCCUCCCGCUGGCACGCCACCCCCUCGUAUAAAUCACAUAAACGCUGCAACAUCACCCAUGUUUAUUCCAAGCCCAGCACAUAGCAUUCGUAUCUCGCCCAAGGUGAAGAACCUCCUUGAUCCGAGCACCACCGAUAUGAAUGUUGAUGAAGCAUCUGUUAUAAAGGAUGAAGAAUAA